GUUCCCUCAAGGCUCUACUAUCCACCGAGCGCAGAGAAACCCCUCAAUGGCCUCAGGAUCACCGUCAAAGACAACUAUCAUCUUUCCGGCGUCCACACGACAAUGGGGAGCAGAUCCUACGCCAAACUGUAUGGCCCGCAGGAUCAGACUUCCGAGCUUGUCAAUCAGCUGGUGCGUCAAGGAGCUGUCAUCCUUGGGAAGACAAAAAUGGGGGCGUAUGCCGGCUCCGAGGUCCCGCCUGAAAAGUGUAUCGAUCACUUUCCGCCAUGGAACCCCCGCGGGGAUGGAUACCAAGGACCCUCGGGAAGCUCAAGUGGUGCCGCUUCUUCGGUCGCAAGCUACCCCUGGGUGGACAUAGCGUUGGGCACAGACACUACUGGAAGCAUCAGAAUGCCCGCAGCAUCUUACGGACUUUGGGGUCUUCGAGCUACCCAUUCGCGGUUUUCCCUGCAGGGGGUCAUGCCGAGCGUCCCGGCUUUUGAUACCAUUGGGGUUCUCGCCCGGGAUCCUCACAGCCUCCGAAGGGUUAUCCACUUUGGCUCGCCUCCAGCUGGUGACCAGCAGCCGACAGACGAGUGCAUGAACAAAACCGUCUUCAACAACAGCUGUAGGUCCCCGGCGAGGAUUAUUGUCCCUACCGACUGGUUCCCCAUGAAGAAUGAAGGUCAGCAGAAGAUGGUCUCUCAGUUCCUCGAUACGGUUAAGCAAAGGCUAGGGUGUGACGUCUUGCACCUGUCGUUCGAGGAUCACUGGUCUAAGACCGGCCCGGAGGACUUGAGGUCGAUAACGCUACAAGAGUAUCUGGGCAUGCCCAACUACUACGACGGAUACCACACGUACGACAAGUUUCGAAACGACUUCCAGGCUAAAUUCGGAUACCCCCCAUAUACGAGCCCUUUCAUGACUCGCCGAUGGGCUCUGGCAUCCAAUAUCACCCAAGAACAGAGGGACCAAGGCCUCGCCGAGCUCGAAGUCUACUACACCUGGGUCCGGGACGAGAUUCUGAAACCAGACACAGAGUACAACUUUAUCCUCCUUCCCCUCGGGCGACCGGGAGCCAACUAUCGUGACAUCGUUCCUACGCCAGGCGGCGAAUUCUCGGAGUCUGCGUACGAUACAGUCGACUUUUGCACGGUCCUCGGCCUUCCCCAGCUGGUGAUCCCAGGACACGCAGUCGGCCAGAAUCCGUACGAGUCGAGAGUCUCGGGGAGAACGGAAUACGCCCCCAUUGUGGCCUCCUUGGCGGGCCCUCGCGGCAGCGAUGAAGAUCUCAUUCAGUUAGCUGUUGAGGCUCUGACCGAGGCCCGCUGUCCCGUCGAAGUGUUGACCGGCAGGACGCCAUUUCAGCCUGGCGAGGAUAAUUGUCGGCACGUUGCUCCGAGUUAG